AUGACGAACCUGUCCUGUUGUGCAGCUUUGGGGUCUUCCAAAAGUCCAGCAACUACAGAUGGUGAGCAGCCACGCCAAGGACGCCUCCUGCACUGUGAACUGUGUGACUACAAGACGGAGCGUUCGUAUAAUCUGAGAGUACAUGCCCUGCUUCACACGGGAGAGCGACCGCAUAAAUGCCACCUAUGCCCCCAGAGCUUCUUACAAAGCCACAAUCUGACCAAGCACCUGCGCACCCACACGCAGGAACGGCCAUAUAAAUGCCACAUAUGCUCCAAGACCUUCCCAGAAAUGUGCAGAUUGACGUAUCACCUGCGCACUCAUACAGGCGAGCGACCAUAUAAGUGCCAGGUAUGCUUCAAGAGCUUUGCAUUAAAUGCAACACUGAGGACUCACCAACUCACUCAUGCGGAUGAGCGGCAGUAUCAAUGCCCUUCGUGUCCUCAGAAGUUUGUGCAAGGUAACCACCUCAAAAGGCACUACCGUAGUCAGCAUGAACACGAUAGCAGGGAUGAACAAACUUGCAUCUGCACCUUGGUGUACCAGUGUUACAGUGACAGUGGCCCAUUGCUUUGUGUGUGGUCAUCUGUGGCAUUUGUAAGAUCGUUUGCAUCAACGAGGCGCGGGUUCCUGGGCUGGAUUUUGGGGUCUUCCGGCAGUCCAGCAACUACAGAUGGGGAGCAGCCACGCAAAGGACGUGUCCUCCACUGUGAACUGUGUGAAUAUAAGACGGAGCGUUCGUAUGAUCUUAAAGUACAUGCCAUGUCUCACACGGGAGUGCGACCGCAUAAAUGCCACCUAUGCUCCCAGAGCUUCUUACAAAGCCACAAUCUGACCAAGCACCUGCGCACCCACACGCAGGAACGGCCAUAUAAAUGCCACAUAUGCUCCAUGACCUUCCCAGAAAUGUGCAGAUUGACAUAUCACCUGCGUACUCAUACAGGUGAGCGACCAUAUAAAUGCCAUAUAUGCCUCAAGGGCUUUGCAUUAAACAGAACGCUGAAGACCCACCUGCGCAUCCAUACGGGUGAGCGGCCAUAUCAGUGCCCUUCGUGUCCUCAGACGUUUGUGCAGGACAUACACCUCAAAAGACACUACCUUAGUCAGCAUGAACGCAAGUGACCAGUGUCUGCGCGAGGCCUGGUGCUCAAAGUUUUUGUAAAGGUCCAAUUGAUCGAUUGUUCUAGAGCAUUGUGAAUGUAUGGAGUUAUGCGGCACAACAUUAAAAGGUGGGUUUAGUUGUAGUAUGUUAGCUUCAUUAUUGUGAGAAGAGCAUCGUUAUGCAUUCAGAAGACUGUAGUCAUAUUGUUUCUUUAUUUUUACUGUACUUCCUUGCAGUAUUCUUCAUUCACCGGUCAAAAAUUCACUAUUAUUAAGCUCUAUGAAAAUCUGUGUUUGUACUGAUGAGCUGCCACACCUCUGCGUUGUCCAUUCAGGAUUGUGUAUGCAUUCACUUGAAUACAUGCGCAUGAAGACAUGGCAGGACUGCACCACCCAGCAGGCCAUGAGCUCUGCACGAGAAAAUUAUGUAGUAAUUGGGGUCUU